AUGGCCGAUUCGGCUCUCUCUAACCCGCCCCGCUCCCUCGCUCUGACCAGCGGCCGCCGGCAGCAGCCCCGGACGAGGCGUUUGUGUCCGAUACGGAAACGAGGAUCAAAGCCCCUUCCUCGCUAUGGAUAUAAACCUUCACCACCAAAUGGUUGCGGAUCCCCUUUAUUUGGAGUCCAGUUUGACAUCGGUAUCCCUUCGAUGACAAAGUGCUGCAAUCACCAUGACAGAUGCUACGAUACUUGUGGCAAUAAAAAAAAUGAUUGUGAUGAGCAGUUUCAGUCUUGCCUCUCCAAAAUUUGCAGAGAUGUGCAGAAAACACUUGGAAUUUCAGAGAGCGUCCAGGCUUGUGAAUCAACUGUUCAGCUUUUGUUUGAUGCCGUUAUACAUUUAGGAUGUAAACCAUACCUGGAUAGCCAGAGAGCUGCAUGUAUGUGUCGUUACGAGGAUAAAACAGAUCUCUGA